CGGAGGCCUCCAUCCGACGGCUGGGAAGCCCCCAGCGUGGCCGCGCCUCGAGCGUAGACCUGCCGGUCUCCUUCCGAGGUGGCUAGUCGAGCAACAGAGCUCGAGAGCGCGCUUCGAAGACGGUUGCCAUGGCUUCGUCUUCGCCUCCUGCGUCGCCGCAGGAGCGACACGCAACUGGCUGCCGGAUGGUGGAGAUGGAGCUCGGCGCGGCGCGGGCCCUGGCGCACCUCGCAGGACUAGCGGGGGGCGGCGACGGCGACGGGAGUAGGUCCAGAGAGAGGAGCACAAGCGAGUCGCCUGUUAGAGCUCAGCAAAAGAGCUUCCAUGGCGGUCGGGAGAGUUCAGCUUUAGGAGUAAGAAAGCGAACUCUGCUCGUCUCUUUGGCCCAUAUCAGGUGUUUGUCGUAGUGUGAGAACCUAACUUAGUCAAUUCUAAUGCAACAUACUUGUCCCUUAAUCUCAAUGGUGGAAUUGAGGCACCUGGGAGAGUUCAUCUAUUGGCUACUUCUUUCGAUUUGAAACCAGAAAGAAAAAAAUUGAGAAGCAAUCUGAGAUAUGAUGGCAUUUAAGAGAUGGAGAGGAGUGAAAGGAACAACACAAAGCUCUUGCUGUUGCUGUGCUAUGCUGUAGGAGGCUAAAAAAGCUCCUCUUUUUUUCUCUUAUUCAUAGUCUUUUCAUCAUCAAAUGUGUAAAGCGUUAGUUUUGCUGCUGAGAUUGGCUUUAACUCGUAGGAGGAAGCUAUCCAUUCAUGCAACUUGUAGAUUCAUCUACCCUACAGAAGCAUGUUGAGUGUCAAAGUAUGGUUGCUGUUGAUGAACCCAAAAACAAAAUAUUGGAUUAUUACCUUGAUUCGUUUGUUUCGAAUUUGCACUUCAUAAAUAUAAACAAGUGAGAUCACAUCUCUGUCAAAACAACAUCAUGUCAGUUUCUCCUCAGUCCCAUCCAUGCCUGUGCUACAGGAUCCAUGUUCGACCGCUGGUUGCGAUGGUGGCCACACUGCUUCAGGCAAUGGAGCGGAAUACAGAGCACACACCGAGUUCCCCAGCAGUCAGCCUUCACUUCCUGGUAGGAGAUGUAAACAGAAUUUGACAGAGGUAACGAUUUCGAACCUCAUUUGCCGUGAUCCUUCUUCGAGUGGAGGCUGAAAUCUCUGUUUGCUGCAGGCUGAGAAGGAAGAAAGGAGAUUGCGCAGGGUGUUAGCUAACAGGGAGUCUGCGAGGCAGACCAUCCGUCGGCGUCAGGUGACGAGCAUUAAUUACUCCAUCUCUCCUCACUGUAUCAUUCUUCUUUGUUGACUUUAGGCUCUCCGGGAGGAGUUGACCAGAAAAGUUGCUUACUUGUCCCUGGAGAAUGAGAAUAUGAGGAUGGUAAGCAACAUUCCACCUCGUGAAGUUGUUUCCUCCCAAACUUUCAAUAGCUCCCAUUGAUCCUUGGAUUUGACUGUAGCAAAAGGAUGUGGCCAUGAAAGAGUACCUUUCACUCAAGGACACAAAUGAACAACUGAAGGAGCAGAUUGCCAUGACAGUGAGGUCUGGGACGGAGAGCAGUGGGACUGCUGCAGGCAAAGAGAUGGAGUCAUCAACAUGUUCUCCCGGGUUCUCCAUGCACAAGCCUUUGACUUGUCCCGACACCAUAGGUUUCUUCGAGCACAGUGGAUCAGUGCGGCCUCUUUACGUGCCACCCUGUGUGUGGUACUAUCCAUCGCACCAUGAAGUUUCUCAUCCAUUUGGAGACCAAGAUGUUGCUGCAUCCAGGGACAAUGAAGCGAGAGUCUCUGUUCAUGGCAGGGACGAGAAGGAUCAAUGCUUGAUAGCAAGAGUUGGGAACGAAAAGGAAGAUGCACUUGUCACCAAAAGAACCCACAAAGAUGAGAUGACGGUCAAGAUGCCACCAUCCACGUCAAAAGAGAAAUCUGAGCUGCAGCGCGAUGAAGGUUUGCCAGAGAAGCUGCAGGCUCGCUCUCCUGGCGAAUCGUCGAGCACAUCAUCGGCUGCAGCUGCGGCGGCGGCGACGGAGGCAAGGAAGAGGAGGAAGCAACUCACGAAGUUGAAGCACAGCCAUGGAAGCUGGGCUGGGAAGCACGGUUGAACAAGUUGCUUCUAAUCUCAGCUACUGAUGCCAGUUUUCCGUCUUCUUCCUCUGUAGGCGAGAAGUUGAUGCGUGUCCAACUUGUGCUGCUCGUUGCAGUGAUGAUUGGAGUUCUUUUGCUGUCGCCUUCAAACACAGCAUUAGAAUCGAGAACUACGAGUUCAAAGCAAAUCAAACUGGAUAAAGCUUUGAAGUAUUUACUCUUUCAAGUAAUUGGACAAAAAGAUGAGAGAAAAGAAACUGAGAUAGAAUAUGGGGUUGGAAGUCUAAGCU